CCGCCAAAGCUGCGCUCCCUCCGCCCUCCUCCUCCAGCUAUUUGUCAGGCAGACUCAACGACAGACAGCCAGCCGCUCGCCGUCCUGCUGCCGUGCGGAGUCCCGUCUUCUCCCUCCGAGACCCGGCGUCGUUUUUCUCCCGUACCGCGAGGAUCUCCACGGGCCGGCUAGCGAGUUCGGACGCGUCUCUGUUCUUUUGGGGGGGAAAAUUCAGUCUUUGCGAGCUUUGUUCUCCAAUUGCCCUUCAAGACAUAUGGAGAAAAUGGCCAGACCUCUUCCUAUAAACCCAACUUUCCUGCCGCCGACUCACUGCGUACUGAAAUCCCUGCUGGAAAAUCCGCUGAAGCUGCCCUUCCAUCACGAUGAAGGAUUUGGGAAAGACAAGGAGAAAGAGAAGAAGCUGGACGAUGAGAGCAGCGCGGCCAGCCACCCACAGUCGGCCUUUCUCGGCCCGACCCUCUGGGACAAGACCCUGCCCUAUGAUGGGGACAACUUUCAGCUGGAGUACAUGGAUCUGGAGGAGUUCCUGUCAGAGAACGGCAUCCCCGCGAACACGACGCAGAGCGACCAGGCUCAGCAGGCAGCGCAGCCGCCACAGGCCCCUCUCCAGCAGGCCCCACCGCCCGCCCCUCCCACACCCUCGGUGGUGGACCUAAGCAGCCGCGCCACCACCUCGGUUCACACAGCCAUGGCACCUCAGACCUGCCUCCACAGCCCCAGCACAGCAGCACUGCCCUCAGCCCGAGACACCCCGAGCCCCAUCGACCCAGAGUCCAUUCAGGUGCCCGUGACCUAUGAUCCCGACCCGGCAGACCUGGCUCUGUCCAGCGUGCCCGGCCAGGAAAUGUUCGACCCCAGGAAACGCAAAUUCUCCGCCGAGGAGCUGAAGCCACAGCCCAUGAUCAAAAAAGCUCGGAAGGUCUUCAUCCCCGAAGACCUGAAGGACGACAAGUACUGGGCCCGGCGCAGAAAGAACAACGUGGCGGCCAAGCGGUCACGGGACGCCCGGCGGCUGAAGGAGAACCAGAUCGCCAUCCGGGCCGGCUUCCUGGAGAAGGAGAACGCCGCACUCCGCAUGGAGGUAGCGGACUUGAGGAAGGAGCUGGGCCGCUGCAAGAACGUUCUGGCUAAAUACGAGGCCCGACAUGGGCCUCUGUGAGCCCCACCCCCCCCCUCAGCCACCACCACCGACCACCCUCUCCCCCCCCCCACACUUUACUACCCUCACCCAGCUUUCCUCGAGUUUGAAGGACAAUGUGUCUCUUUUGGUGGCACUGCCCCCUCCUCCUCCUCCUCCUCCUCCACCAUCCCCACCUCCUCCCCCUCUUCCUCCCCCCUCCAACCAACACACACCCGUAUGAUUCUGGUAUUAUCUAUCAUAAGCUUCGAUUUGUCUGUUCCUUCUUUUAUUUUCUGUACACAUCGUUCGACUGAAUAUAUAUACAUAUACAUAGAUAAAUAUAUAUAUAUUUACACAUGCAUACUUCCCACUUUAAUGUACUGUGAGGAGUUAUGAGCCAACCCACCAGCUGAGCCCCCCCCCCCCCCCCCCCCCCCCCCCCCCGCGGCUACCUUCUUCAGAAACGAUGCCAUGCUGUUUGUUGUUCACUUUCAUACCAAUUUUAUACGUGACAUCAGGACUGAAAACUGUCGUUUCCUGUUUCUCCUCUUCUUCUUCUUCUGUGUUACAACCAUGUGAUGUGUCAGAGCCUGCUUCUAACCCCCCAAACCUGGUGUUUUUAAGCCUGUACGAGGUUAGUUUUUCCUCACAUCGUCUUCUCUUUAACUGAUGAGCUCUUUUCUCGAUGUUCAUGUUGCGUUACAGUUGUCUAACUCCCCCCCCGUCCGCCCAGCGUCCUCACACAGCUCCCCUCUCACAGCAUCCUCGGUUUUUAACGUUCAGAUAGCACUUAAAAAAAAUCUUCUUUUCUUGUGCAAUCGUGACGUAGAUUUUAAAAAAACACCGUAUUGGUUUUUCUUCAUCACUCGGACACUGAGCAAUAAUUCCUGUCCAGAACUAAAGUGACGUGACCACCUACAUGUUCCUCACCCACCCCUGCUCCCCCACCCCCCCCCUCACUGGCAGAUCACUACCCAGUCUCCCCCUUUUUCCACCUCACAUCUUAGCUCUACUCUGUUAACUAAGGUAACCUUAGUUGACCUGUGCACUAAUGCGUGUCUCACAAUCUGCUCCGGUGCAAUGUUUCCACUCGCUCAAAAUUUCCUCCGCCUCAUAUUUAUCUACCUUUUAUUUCUCAGAUGGAAGAUUGUUGUUUUUUUAUAUAUAUAUAUAUAUUCUGUUGAUAUAAUUGUUAGUAUUAAUACUGCUCUUGACAUCGUUGUCGUUUAGCCUCCUCCUUGUUUUCAGAUUUAAGCAUGAUUUCUUUCACAGAGCGAAAAGCUAUUUACAAACAAAUCUUCUCGUUUUCUUUUUCCUUUUUUUGCAAAGUUGUCGAUAAUUCUUUCUGCUUCUGUUUAACUUUAGCAUGAUCAGUGAGUGUUUUUAUUUUAGAAAUCAACAGACGUCUGUAGUCUCUCUUUGUUGCUCUAUGUUUGCCUUCUUUUUAAAGAUGGCUGUAUGAAUGUAAAAGAUGUUGACAAAAAAAAAAAGUUGGAUGGUGUUGUCCAAUACUGUGGUUAACCCAAUCAAUUUGUUUACUGCAAACCAAACGAUUCACAACAGAGAUGAUAUAUUGGUUACAAGAGAUAUGUUUAUAUAAACCUAUUCUAUAAGUUGUUCUUUUUGUACAGUAUUUUUCCUAUACAUUACUGAACUAUGUAUUUUAAAGGCACAACAGAUCCAGAAUAUUAUUAAAAAAUACAAAUAUAUAACUCAAAGACAAA